ACAGCCCUAUUUCAAAAAGUUGGUGGAGACCAAACCAGAGCAAAAAGACCACUGAAUAAUGGAUUUGGAGUCAUCAGGUGGCCAGAAACACAACUCCAGUGGGAUGAUGAUGUUGCUCCAAGUCUGCUGGAUGCUACACAAUGGAAAUGAAGAAGCUACUCACAGCUGGGAAGAAAAUUGUGGACUGUCAUGUGACAGCUCAGGUGAACAGUGUGGGGAAAGCGUUCAGUGCAUGCGGCAGCGUGAGCUCCUCACCAAGGCGCGCAGCGAAGCCGAGGGGAAGAAUCGGCGGAUUCAGACAGACGGGUGGUGGGCUCGGGACUCGAGACGAGACAUGAAAUAGUCACCGGUAGAGUCGUCAAAGGUGAAGCACAUUGGGACGUGAGUGAAAUGGAGGCACCGCCGGGGACGAGCUGCUGUGAGAGCACCUUGGCCAAGCGGGAGUAACGAGCCGUGAAACGGGUUGGGAUGGCAGCGUCCAGUAACUCAAGCCUCUCAGGUUCAUCUGUGUCGUCUGAUCCUGAGGAUUACCAACCGCCCAUAUGGAAGUCUUACUUGUACCAGCUACAGCAGGAAGCCCCAAGACCAAAGAGGAUCACAUGUCCUCAGGAGAUGGAGAGCAGACCCAAAUACUAUGGCAGAGAAUUUCAUGGCAUGAUCCCUCGAGAAUAUGCAGAUGAGCUGCUGGCGGGAGCAGAGGGUGCUUACCUCAUCAGGGAGAGCCAAAGACAGCCAGGGACACACACCUUGGCCUUAAGGUUUGGGCACCAGACCCUCAACUACAGAUUGUUCUAUGAUGGGAAGCACUUUGUCGGGGAGAAGAGGUUUGAGUCAGUCCAUGACCUUGUGACGGACGCCCUCAUCACUCUCUACAUUGAGACCAAGGCGGCGGAGUACAUCGCCAAAAUGACCACUAACCCCAUCUACGAGCAUCUUGGUUACACCUCGUUGCUCAAGGACAAGAUGGUGCACAGGCUGAGCCGUGGACGCACAGAACCACGGAGGGUCACCUUCCAGAGAGAUGAAAGGAUCUCCUCACCUCUGGUGCGACGGAGUGCCUUGAAAGAUACACCGGAGAAGCAGUGCUCCUAUGAGAAGAUACACAACUUCAAGGUACACACCUUUCGAGGGCCGCACUGGUGCGAGUACUGUGCCAAUUUCAUGUGGGGUCUCAUCGCCCAGGGUGUCCGCUGCUCAGAUUGUGGGCUGAAUGUACACAAACAGUGCUCCAAACUGGUUCCUAGUGACUGCCAGCCGGACCUGCGCAGGAUAAAGAAAGUGUUCAGCUGUGACCUCACCACGCUUGUCAAAGCUCAUAACACUACACGACCCAUGGUGGUGGACAUGUGCAUUCAAGAAAUAGAGCUGAGAGGUAUGAAAUCUGAAGGUCUCUACAGAGUGUCUGGCUUCUCAGAGCACAUAGAGGAUGUGAGGCUCGCCUUUGACCGAGACGGUGAAAAGGCUGACAUCAGUGCCAGUGCCUAUGCAGACAUCAACAUCAUUGCUGGUGCUUUGAAGCUCUACUUAAGAGACCUUCCCAUUCCAGUCAUUACGUUUGAUUUGUACUCCAAAUUUAUUCAAGCUGCAAAAAUUCCAAAUGCUGAAUCUAGACUGGAGGCCAUCCAUGAGAGUUUGCUGCAGCUCCCCCCAGCCCACUACGAGACCCUACGUUACCUGAUGGCUCACCUCAAGAGGGUGACACUGUUUGAAAAAGACAAUUUAAUGAAUGCUGAGAACCUGGGGAUCGUCUUUGGUCCAACGCUUAUGCAGCCACCGGAGCUGAAUGCCUUGACAACCUUGAAUGACAUGAGGCAGCAGAAACUAGUGGUGCAGCUUAUGAUAGAGCAUGAAGAUGUCUUAUUCUAAGGACUGAGGCAUGCAGAAACAGAAACAAAGGACAAGUAUUUAUUCUGUCAACGAGGAAAUUCAAGCCACCUUGAUUCUAAUGAAGUUUCAGAAUAGUUUGUAAUCAAAUUGAACUUGAAACGCUUCUUUCUCGCAUGAUUGUUUUAGUUGAAGUUGGUUUAGUGUUGACAGUGUCUUGUUACUUUAAGUUUUUGGUUUUCAUAGUCAGCCAAGACCAUCAUUUUUAUAUUAGGAAAGGAUCCAGUAUUUUUAACUACCUACAGUGCUGUUCCCUCCUCUCAUUAAUUUGAAGACUGUCACUACCUGGUGUAGGCUCAGUCAUGAUGACAGCGCUGUGUGAAAUCUGCCCCAGGCAGAUCGUCAAUCAUUGAAGGCUUGGUGCUGUGUAAACCAAGCCUCACAGCUGCAGCCAAGCUAGCGUUCCCACACAACAUGUGUUCAUAUUGUGAUUUUAGUGGGAACGCUGGUUAAAAUUUCAUUGUAGAUAAAAUCAGAUCAUGUAAUGAUCAAUAUUUUAACUGUGUGUACUAAAAUAUGACAGAUGAGACAAUUGGGUGCUCAUGAAGCACUUUUUUGCAACAAGUGUAAAGAUUUAUUUUGUAAAGAUGUUUAUUUUUGUCUUUUACUCUGCAUCAUGUUCUUUUGUCACAAUAAUAUAUACUGUUGAGAAUGGUGUGUGUUGAAUUGAUGUCUAAAUACAAAACUGUUCACAAAAAAAAAGACGAAUCAGAAGAGUGACAGUUUGUGGAUUUUUGUGGAUUUACUGUUUUCAUUUGUACUCUGUGUUAUGGUGAGGAAUACACAGGUGAUUCAAUAUUGGUCAUUUUGAUUCACGUCAUAUUGCAGACUGUGCACCACAUGAGUAAAGCUCUUCUGCACACAUGUUGGUUGCCAGUUUUGUAGUAUUUCCGUUUACAUGCUGCAAUUUGGGAUAUUUUCAAGUGAAAAUAUGAUCUGGGCCCUUAUUUUUUUCUUCUUGUGAGCCAGUAACAUUGCUCGGUGCAGCAGUAGUUGCCAUUGCCUUCACAAUGGCAUAGACGUUAAUAGUCAUACUACAGCUGAACCGAGCAUGUUUCUUUAACAGUUGGUUUGAUGUGAUUAAGUAAAUCCUUUCUAUAAAUCCAUUUUAUCAAAAUGUAUUUUUGUGACGGUUGCAAUUAAAAAUGUAAUUUAUCAAAUGAUGAUUUAUUAAAGGAUAGAAAACUUCAGUUUAAAAUAG